CGGAGAAUGAAGAUGUGGUUCAGCGUUGCGUCCCAAUUGAGCGAAUAGUAGUAAUCCACUGCUUAGUGGUUGUAGUAAAAGUAGUAGUACCUAUCUGAGCCAACUGCACGGGCAUCCACUGCGUUGUUCUGAGCCAAUCGACUUCAAGCCCUUUAUCUUCGUACCUGAUCGACUUCGGGAUGCAGAAAAAAAACGACAAUGAACCGAGGUGACGGGACAGCGGUCCCGUGUCUCUGGUGCAGAGGGAUUCAGAUCGAGUGGGCUAGAGUUAUGACCAAGAUGACUAACAACUCGGUGGUGAGAACGAGUCCGAUCUUUGGUAAUCUCUGCACCGGCGCGAAGGUACUCCGGCCCAGAUUCGAGAUUGCGUACGAUCCCCAUGUCGAUCCCAACCCUACCGGGUAUAAGACAAAGCCAAAAGAUUCCAAAUCUUCAAAGGGCGCUAGCCGCUCUGCACCAAUCACUGCCCCCACUCAAACGGUUCAUGUUCUGGGUAACGGCCCACGGGGAGUGGAGGAGGGAUCAAGCCUGCGUCCGGUGCGGAUGAGGGUUAGCGGCGGCCAAUGGGCGCCACCAGCCAAGGGUGAGGCCAAAAGUAGGAGGGUUACAAAUUCCUCCUACUACUGAGGGCUAACUACGUAUUGUAGUAGAAUAUAGUACUUUACUCGAGGGUAAAAAGUG